AUGAAUGAAGUAAUGGCAGCAAUAAAAGAACAGAAAGUAGAGAUACAGGCAUUACAGGCCGAAGCUAUAUCGUUCAAAAGUAAUCUUCAAUUGCAUCAAAAACGCCUCGACGACUUGGAGGACAGAAGUAGGCGCCGUAAUGUUAUCAUUUUUGGUGUUCCCGAGCCUAAUCGUGAAAACGCUGCAGUGCUAAGAAAACAGAUAAUUGAGGAGCUGAUAGCGGAAAAACUCGGUCUGGUUGUCAACUCAGUUGAAAGAGUGCAUAGAAUUGGAAAAAAACGCGAUAAAGCACGACCUGUAAUCAUGAACUUUUUUGGCUAUAACGAGAAGUUGAAGGCACUAAAAAAUUGCCAUAAACUAAAGGGAACACCAGUAUCAAUAAACCACGACUUCUGUCAAGGCACUUUAGCAAAGCGCAGCAAACUGUGGUCUCGUUCUGGGGAGUUUAAAGCUCGAGGUCAUAAAGUGCUCUUGAUUACGAUAAGCUGCGAGUGA